AGCCGAAUUCGAUUGAGGAGACAGCUGGCACGUUCAUCGAAACACGUCAACAGCUCUCGCUUCUCCAACAACGAAGACGAUAAUCAUCAUCGCCGUUCAACAAAAACUCCUGUACAUAUAUAUAUAUAUAAGUACGGUCAAAUGAGUUCCAUGAAGAAGACCGCCCUCCACGGUUUCCAUCUCGCUCAGAAGGCGAAGAUGGAAGGCUUUGCCGGCUACCACAUGCCCAUCUCCUACCCUAAGAUGGGCGUGCUCAAGGAACACCUUUACACCCGUGAGGUGGCAGGCAUCUUUGACGUGUCGCACAUGGGCCAGUACGAGAUCCGCGGCGCCGAUCGUGAGCGCUUCAUCGAGUACGUGACGCCGGUGGAUCUUCAAAAAAGCCACCCCGGUCACGCCGCUCUGACAAUGCUGACGAACGAGAAGGGCGGCAUCAAGGACGACUGCAUCGUGACGAAGAUGUACGACCAUCUGUACCUUGUGCUAAACGCCGGGUGCAAGGACAAGGACGUGGCGCACAUACACGAGGCGUUGAAGAAUGCACCACAGCUGCGCGGCGCGGAUGUGCAGUUUAUUCCCCUGGAGCGCUCGUUGAUUGCGGUCCAGGGCCCAAAGGCAGCGAUCAUCCUCUCCGAGUUUGUGGACGGCAUUCCUGACAUGGACUUCAUGUCCUGUCGCCAGAAGGUGAACGUCAAAGGGAUGGAGGUGCAGUUGUCGCGCUGCGGGUACACCGGCGAGGACGGCUUCGAGAUAGCCGUGUCGGACAAGGACGUCGUGCCGCUGGUGGAGCUGUUCUUGGCGAAGAACGCGGAGAUGGUCGGCCUCGGCGCCCGCGAUAGUCUCCGCCUGGAGGCCGGCCUCAACCUCUACGGCCACGAGUUGUCCGAGGAGACGAAUCCCGUAGCGGCACGCUUCAUGUGGUCCAUCUCGAAGCGGCGCAUGGAGGAGGGCGGCUUCAUCGGCUACGACGCCAUCAAACACUUCAAGGAGAACGCCACCAAAGGCGCCGUGCCGCAGCUGCGCGUUGGCCUUGUCUCCACCGGUCCCGUCGCCCGCGAGCACACCGUGAUUGAGGUGGAUGGGAAGGAGGUAGGCUAUGUCACGAGCGGAUGCCCGUCGCCGUGCUUGAAGAAGAACGUCGCGCUCGGCUACGUGAACCGCGAUCUUGCCAAGAAGGGAACAAAGGUGAACUUGGUGGUGCGUGACCGCCGCGUGCCGGCCGAGGUCGCGACGCCGCCGUUUGUGCCCACCAACUACUACCGCAAAUCCCAGUAG